AUGCCCAUGGUAACUAUGGCCAGGCUGUUCUGCUGGGGCAGGGAUGAGGUCAGGGGUUGUAUCCAUAAAUGGGGUGUGACCCCUAAGCUGGUGUCCCUCAAGGACAUCACCACNNGCCACGGGCUGCGGCUCUUCACCCUGGAGCGUUCCUGCUGCUACGAGGCCCUGCUGCUGGACGAGGAGCGCGGUCGCCUCUUCGCAGGCGCCCAGAACCACCUCCUCUCCCUGGCUCUGGAUGACAUCAGCCAGCGGGACAGAAAGAUCUACUGGCCAGCACCGGUGGAGUGGAGGGAGGAGUGCAACUGGGCCGGCAAGGACAUCACUGCUGAGUGCAUGAACUUUGUGAAGAUCCUGCACCCCUACAACCGGACCCACCUCUAUGCCUGUGGCACUGGAGCCUUCCACCCUGUCUGUGCCUUCGUGGAGGCUGGACAGCAUGCAGAGGAGCCUGUCUUCAAGCUGGACCCCCGACACACCGAGGAUGGCAAGGGGAAGAGUCCAUACGACCCCCGGCAUGCAGCUGCUUCCAUCCUCGUGGGGGAAGAGCUCUAUUCCGGGGUGGCCACUGAUCUGAUGGGCCGGGACUUUACCAUCUUCCGCAGCCUGGGCCGGCGUCCCUCCAUCCGCACGGAGCAGCACGACUCCCGCUGGCUCAAUGAGCCCAAGUUUGUGGCCGUGUUUUGGGUGCCGGAGAGUGAGGACCCUGAUGAUGACAAGAUCUACUUCUUCUUCCGUGAGACUGCAGUGGAGCGGCAGCAGGGGCUGGGCAAGACCAGCUUUGCCCGCAUUGGCCAGAUCUGCCGGAAUGAUGUGGGUGGGCAGCGCAGCCUGGUCAAUAAGUGGACAACCUUCCUGAAGGCUAGGCUCGUUUGUGCCGUGCCGGGACCCGAUGGGGCAGACACCCACUUUGAUGAGCUCCGGGACGUCUUUCUGCUGCAAACAAGGGACAAGCGCAACCCCCUGGUCUAUGCCAUCUUCUCCACCUCCAGCUCCAUUUUCCAGGGCUCAGCUGUCUGUGUCUACACCAUGGCCGACAUCCGCCGGGCUUUCCUGGGCCCCUUUGCACACAAGGAGGGUCCCAACUACCAGUGGGUGUCGUAUCAGGGCCGUGUGCCUUACCCCCGCCCAGGCAUGUGCCCCAGCAAAACCUUCGGUACCUUCAGCUCCACCAAGGACUUCCCAGAUGAGGUGAUCCAGUUUGCCCGACACCACCCGUUGAUGUACAACCCGGUGCUGCCCCACAGCCAGCGGCCCCUCUUCCUGCAAGCUGCUGUGCCCUACACCUUCACCCGCAUUGCUGUGGACCGCGUCACCGCUGCUGAUGGCCAGUACGAUGUCCUCUUCAUUGGCACAGACAUGGGCACAGUGCUGAAGGUGGUCUCCACGCCCACGGAGAGCUGGCACCGCAUGGAGCCACUGCUGCUGGAGGAGCUUCAGGUCUUCCAGGAUGCCUCCCCGAUCACCAGUCUGCAGGUGUCCUCCAAGCGGCAACAGCUCUAUGCCGGCUCGGUCACGGCGCUGGCCCAGCUGCCCCUGCACCGCUGCGGCGCCUACGGCAAAGCCUGUGCUGAGUGCUGCCUGGCUCGGGACCCGUACUGCGCCUGGGAUGGCACCACCUGCACCCGCUAUGUGCCCAACACCAAGAGGCGUUUCCGCCGGCAGGACAUCCGCAAUGGUGAUCCCAACGUGCUCUGCUCUGAAGACCCCCAGCAGGGCAGUGUGCCCCAGAAGCAGCUGUAUGGGGUGGAGGGCAGCACUGCCUUGCUGAAGUGCAUCCCUAAAUCCCUUCAAGCCCGCAUCCUCUGGACAUACCAGCGCACCCCGGAUGAUCCCCAGAGAGAGCUUUCGUUUCUGGAAGAUGGAAACUGA